CCGCUGCAACCCCCUCCCCCACGCCGGGGAGCGAUUGGUUCGUCCCGACUCCUUCCAGACGACAAGGAGGGCCUGCACCCGGCGCCUCGGAGCGCCCCGGUGCGACUCCCCGACGGCCUGCUCCUGCGGACGGCUCCACUCUCGGCGCGCGCGGAAGGGGAGGCUCGGUGCGCAGGUGGAAACGCGAACUCGUGGGCCCGCCACCCCUCCGCGAAACCCGCGAGUGGGCGAGUCCGUACGCGCGGUGCAACUGCCGCGGCUUCCGGUUCCGAUGACAGCGGCGCCGGAAGCCAGGGCCGGGGCUGCGGGGCGAGUCAUCGGUCCCGGGCUCGGAGCCGGCGUCCCACAGACUGAUUGGUCCCGGGCCCCGCACUGGAGGACCCUCAUCCGCCCGGAGACUCGCUUGGACCCAGACGCCGCAGACUCCUAGUGCUACCCACCUCAGUCGGAGGCUGAGGUCGCCAUGGAGCAGUGUGCAUGUGUGGAGAGAGAGCUGGACAAGGUCCUGCAGAAGUUCCUGACUUAUGGGCAGCACUGUGAGCAGAGCUUGGAGGAGCUGCUGCACUAUGUGGGCCAGCUGCGGGCCGAGCUGGCCUCUGCAGCCCUUCAGGGGACGCCUCUCUCAGCCACCCUCUCCCUGGUAAUGUCCCAGUGCUGCCGGAAAAUCAAAGACACUGUGCAGAAGCUGGCUUCGGACCACAAGGACAUCCAUAGCAGCGUCUCCCGGGUGGGAAAAGCCAUCGACAGGAACUUUGACUCCGAGAUCUGUGGUGUCGUCUCCGACGCGGUGUGGGACUCGCGGGACAAGCAGCAGCAGAUCCUGCAGAUGGCCAUUGUGGAGCACCUGUACCAGCAGGGCAUGCUCAGCGUCGCCGAGGAGCUCUGCCAGGAAUCAACACUGAAUGUGGAUUUGGAUUUCAAGCAGCCUUUCCUGGAGUUGAAUCGAAUCCUGGAAGCUCUGCAUGAACAAGAUCUGGGGCCUGCCUUGGAAUGGGCUGUCUCCCACAGGCAGCGCCUUCUGGAGCUCAACAGUUCUCUGGAAUUCAAGCUGCACCGACUGCACUUCAUCCGCCUCCUGGCAGGCGGUCCUGAGAAGCAGCUGGAGGCCCUCAACUAUGCCCGGCACUUCCAGCCCUUUGCUCGGCUGCACCAGCGGGACAUCCAGGUGAUGAUGGGCAGUCUGGUGUACCUGCGGCUGGGCCUGGAGAAGUCUCCCUACUGCCACCUCCUGGACAACAGCCACUGGGCCGAGAUCUGCGAGACCUUCACCCGGGAUGCUUGUUCCCUAUUGGGGCUUUCUGUGGAGUCCCCCCUCAGUGUCAGCUUUGCCUCUGGCUGUGUAGCCCUGCCCGUGCUGAUGAACAUCAAAGCUGUGAUUGAGCAGAGGCAGUGCACCGGGGUUUGGAGCCACAAGGAUGAGCUACCUAUCGAGAUCGAACUAGGCAUGAAGUGCUGGUACCACUCGGUGUUCGCCUGCCCCAUCCUCCGCCAGCAGACGUCAGAUUCCAACCCUCCCAUCAAACUCAUCUGUGGCCAUGUCAUCUCCCGAGAUGCACUCAACAAGCUCAUUAAUGGAGGAAAGCUGAAGUGUCCCUACUGUCCCAUGGAGCAGAACCCAGCGGACGGGAAACGCAUCAUAUUCUGAUUCCUGCCUGGAUGGAACUUUGUUGAAAGGGGCUUUGCACCCAUGAGCCUUGGUCUGUCUCAGUGGGGGAGGCUGGCUUCGGUGGCUUUGCAGUUCACUUCUGAGCAACCAGCUGAGGAGUGCUACCUUGGAGAGGGCCACAUGGACCUCUGGCAGGGGCCAAGGAGGGCGUGAACCACCCUGCCCUGGGCAGCUGGUUCCUUUGCUGUAAGGAAGGGGAGAUGCCGGCCUCUCUACUGCUGCCCUGUUUUUCCCUGUUUAUAUUUACCGUUGACUUCAUAGCAGCCAACAGAGCAGCAAUGGAUGUGGCCAUCAGCAGACCCUUCUCCAGCCCUGCCCUCAGCCAGUCUCUUAUUGCCACGCCAACACUGGGUCCACCCCUGCCCCACCCCCUCCCACUGUACAGUAUCCCGACCAUAUGUAUCCAUUUCCCACUGUAAAUAAUCCACAAGAGCUGGAUACCAUUGUUUUAUAACUUUAAGCAAAUAUAUUCACAGCCCUUCUCCUUAACCUCUCCUGGCUUGCCUUUAAGCCUCACUUGACAGUUACUAUGUGUCUCAUACACACAGAUACCAGGCAGGUCCUAGCUGCUGCCGCUGCCGCUGUCACUUGAAACAUGGCUGGCCAGUGCCUAGGAAUCCAUCUUGCACCUCUGCUUGGGGAAAAACAGCCUGAGACAUAUUCCAUGGGGCGCAAACAAGAUCAAAGUAUGAGGCUUUUAGGAAAAACUUGCUCAACAGGAAACAGCACCGAUGGAGAAGACAGCUGGUUUUUACCUUCAUGAAUUAGCUGCUGGAGCUGCCUGUGAAGAAUACAUGCCUGAGGGGACUGCGGAGAUGCUGUGCGUGUGGGCAGCAAGGAGGGCAGCCAGCUGGCUGGCCGCCAGUCCCACGGCUUCCAGAGCAGGUGCCCAGAGUGCUGCCUGAGUCCGUCACAGUGGCGGGGGCAGGGCUUGGACCUCCUGGAGGCACUCGUCGUAGCCCUCCUGGUAGUCCUCGUGGGGCUUGACCAUUAUCACACAGGUGGGGCGCUUGGAGCCAGCCGCUGCUCCCAGGUCCUACCGAGAAGGGGAAGAGUCUACACAACCUGUACACCAGGGGUAACAAACUGAUGACCCCCCAGGCCUAAUCUGGCCCAGUCAUGUCCUACUGGGUCCAUAUUAUAUGUUUAAAAGCAUUUUGAAUUGGUUGCCAUCCAAUUUGGUUGCCACAUCCCCACAGGGCAGGGCCUAUGUUCUCCAUACCCCACCAUCCCCAUACUCUGUAGCCCCCAGCCCUGGCACCUGCUACCUAAGGAUAAGGACA